AUGGAAUCCAUUGUAAUUCCUAAAACAAUUGCUAAGAUUAAGCCGUACGUGAUCAACAUAAGUGAUAACAUUAUGUUCAUUUCGCAGAAAAAGCUGUGCGAGGAGUGGGCGCUAGCUUCGGCGCGCGAGAGCGACCCUGGCGAGCAAGGGGGCGACGCCGUCACCUUCGUCGUCAAGUACCUGGGCUCCACGCUCGUCGAGACGCCCAGCAGUGAGACGGCCACCGCCGACGCCAUCAAGACCGUCAUCACCAUGGCGAAGGCGAGCGGGCGCAAGCUGCCGCGCGUGGCGCUCAGCGUCAGCCUGAGGGGCAUCCGCAUGGUGGACUUGGCCACCGACGAGCUGCACCUCGACGUUUCCAUCUACAGAAUCUCAUACUGUUCAGCUGAUGCAACAUAUGAUCAUGUGUUUGCCUUCAUUGCUACAAACAGCAAUGAAACAAUGGAGUGUCAUGCUUUCCUAUGUCCUAAACGAAAGAUGGCUCAAGCAGUAACACUGACUGUAGCACAGUCUUUCAACACAGCUUAUGAACUCUGGCAGAUGACUGAAGGCAGCUCAGAAGUGAAUGAGAAGAAAAUUAGUCUUCUUAACAAAACUGAAGAGCAGCAAGGUUUACAAUUAGAGCAUUUGACAAUAGUUGGUGAUUGGAUUUCAGAGAACAUCCGCAACAGCAAAGCCAAGGAGAGCCCUCUGAAUAAAAAUCUUACAGAGAGCAAGAGCCUGCUGAUUGAUUUCUCUGAACCAGAAUCUCUUCCAGAUAAUGGUAAUACCUGGGUGUGCUUUGAUGAUGACAGAUCAGAGAAUCUAAACAGCAGUUUUUCAAGACUAUCAGUGACAUCUCCACAGAAGGCAGCACCCUUAACCACAUCACCCCAGCACCACAUCAACAUUCUGACUGGGAGCCACAACAGUAGCAACGGCACCACGAACACUUCUUCCAACAGCCACCCAUGGGGAGAGCCUCAGGCUGUUAACCUCCUAUGUUCUUAGCCAGUUAGCAUGAGACAGCUAUUUUAUAAUCGGUUCUUAUCAGCAGAAAAUAUGUGUGCAACAUUGUGCGCAUCCUAGAGUUUUAAUAAAAAGCAGUUAAAUGAAACUGCAAUAGAAUGUGGGAUGGUCUAGCUUCAGUGUUGUAACAUAAUAAUGAUUUUCAUGGUUCCCCUCCCCUCACCCUUUAUCUGAGUGCUGGGGAUGUGAAAUCGUAAUGAAGCACUACUGAGACUUAAGCAACCUGAACAUGAUGUUAUUACAAAAUAUCAGUUUACUAUUCAGAUGAUGAUUUAGUUUUGAUUAUUUUUUAAAACAGUAGUUCCUUUUAAUAGUUUAAAUACUUGUUUUCUUCAAUUACACAUUAAGUUUUAUUGACAAAUACAUAAUGUUACACUUUUCAAGAUAAUGGUUUAUUCACAUUUUCUCACUAGAAUUUCUCUACACUGUUUAGCCAAAACAGAAACAAUUUUACAUGAAAAUAACAAAUUUAUUGGAAAUGAGAUAUUUUCUUUCAUAGAAAAUGUCACACAUUGACAGAUUAUCAUGUUCAUCUUUUCAUUCAUAUUUUUUGAAGAUUUAAUGUAAAAGAUAUGCUUCUUUUGACAGAAGGUCAAACUAUGUUAUAAGACUGAAGAAAAGUGUUUUUAUUCCUGGAUCAUGACUCAUUUUCUACACAUUUAAUUUUCCUUAUUUUAAUUGUAAAUGUUUCAUUUUUGUGACUAGAUUAAAGUUUAUUAAACACUGCUGAUGAGAAAAUUUAUGUAAUUUUAUUGUCAUGUAUGACUUCUGUACAAAAUAUAUUUGAAUGAAUGUAUAAUUUUAACUGUAUGUAUGUUGAGAGAGUAUUGCAUUGUAAAUACUAAAAGCUUCCAUGUAUCACAUAUCUAUUCGGUCAUGGGUGUAGGUGAAGACAAUAUAAGUUUAUUAGAGAGUAGAAAUUCUGUGGAUUUUUUGGAUGGUCUGUAUAUGAAUUCUGAGAAUUCUGGACCUAUUCACUAAAAGAGCUUGCCAAACACCAAAGGAAUGUAAAUGUUUUCAUGAUUUUCCUGUGUUAAUUAAACCAUGGGGUGAUGGAUAAGUUAUGCAUGCAAUGCAAACAUAAUAAAUUAAGAUUUAAUAAAAAAUAUUACUAGUGUUUUCAUCCUUCAGUAUAGAUUAUUAACAUAAAUACAGUUUGCAUUUAAAAUGCUGAGUAGUACAGCAGAUAUCAUAUGAGUCACAUAAAAAGUAGAAAGGAAAGAAAGAAAGAUUUUUAAUCAUUUUAGUGUAAAAAUAAAAUUAUAUUUCACUAUCUUACAUUGCAUAUUUAUUACAAUAAUUGUUUCUUCAUAUUUCAACAAGAACCAUAUUUUAUACAUAAAAAUUAGUAUGAUUAUCCUUUAGAAUGAAAUUUGUGUCUUUAUAAUGGUGCUACAAAGAAUCUUAGUAGUUUCUCCAUUAGCCCCAUGGUAUGCCUUUCGGUGUGAAAAUACGGAGUAGAGAAAAGGUUUUAAAUCUAGUUUGGUGCUUUGGAUACCACUGUCAGCUGUACUUAAGUAAUAGGUGCAACACCAUUCUUGUAUUGAGCAGUAUACAAACAUAAUAACAAAAAUGUGCCCAAUAAAAUUUGAUGGAAAGAUUGAACAUUUUUCAUGUGCAUACAGUAUAUUUUCAAAGUUCUUUAAAAAAUACUGCAAAGCCAACAUCUUGUCAUUUAUUAUAUUAUACUGGACAGUACAAAAUAUCCACAUGGUGAGUUAAAACCUCUUGUUAUUCCAUGUCUGUGGCGAUACUUUGUAGCAUGAAUAUUAGAUAAAUAUUCAAGAAAAGUUUUCAGAGUUGUACUUAUGAAGAUAUUUUCGAUUGCUAUAUCAUUCAACAGUUUUAAUAUCUUUAUUAUCUGUGUAUAGGAUAUUUACUGUCAAUAUAAUACUGUAGUUUCUUUUAAGAAUGUUGCUAUAUAUACAUUGUAAUAUGUAUGUGAAUUUUAAUCAAUGCAAUUUGUAUACAUACAUAAGCAGAACAUUAUGGUAAAUGUUUCAUAAUAAAUGGAUUAUUGUAUGUU